GUAACCGCGCUGCCGGAGCUGCUGCUGCUGCUCAUAUUGCUUCAUUGUCUGUAUGCUACAUCUCCAGCCCCGCUGCUGAGUGCGACACACUGUCUCCCCAUAGUGGCAGUAUAGUUACUAGGUCAAGUGCUACAGAGUACCCGCCAACAUAUAGCAAGAUGGAAGCUUUUGGCAGUGACCAUCAGGAACAAAAUAAAAGCACUGAAAAUAAGAACAUGAAAGAGGAGAAAAUGGAAGGUGCUACUGAGCUAGAGGAGGAUACUACAGGAUUAGGUGAUGUUGCACAGAUAAACGAAGAUGCUUCAGAAACCGAAGAAAGCACAGUAAAUGUGGGUGAAAGUGAUGCAACAGCAAGUGAAGCUUUAGCUGAAGUGAAUGACCAUUCUACAGAGGACACUGGCAUUUAUAGAUAUAUCAAAGAUGAUCUCUUCACAUCAGAGAUUUUCAAAGUAGAGAUUCAGAAUUUGCCAAAGUACAUAGGCUUUAAUGAUAUUAAGAAAUUCCUUGCCAAAUAUGGAUUAAAUCCUCAUAAAAUAAAGCUCAUGCAGAAACAAACAUUUGCAUUUGUGACUUUCAAGAGUGUGGAGGAAAGGGACAGAGCUAUGAAAGUUAUACAUGGGGUUAUGUGGAAGAAUCGCUUAUUGAAUGUCCGUCUUGCAAAACCCAAAGCUGAUCCCAUAAUGAAGAAGAGAAAGCAAAUAGAAGAUGAAAAGGAGCAGCCAAAAUGUAAGCGACCAGCUGUGCAGGAGAAUGCCGUGGAGGAACCUCUCAGCAAGCAGAUUGCAGAUGUGGUGACUCCAUUGUGGCAGGUUCCAUAUGAAGAGCAGCUGAAAAUGAAGGAACAAGAAUGUGAACAUGUCUUACAGAGACUGACAAAGGAGAUAGGAAACACCAACAAGGCCCUAUUACCAUGGUUAUUUGUCCAGAAGCAGAAAUAUAAUAAAGUUUGCUGUCUCUUGGAAAGUGUGAAGCCAUCCCCAGCACAGACAGAGUACCGAAACAAAUGUGAAUUUCUAAUUGGUGUUGGGGCCAAUGAAGAAGACAAGACAGUGGGAUUCCGUCUUGGAAAGUAUAAGGGAGGAACUUGUGCUGUUGUGGAGCCUUUUGAUACUAUUCACAUUCCCUGUGCUACCAAGAAAGUUGUGAAGGCGUUUCAAAAAUAUAUCAGGACUACGACAUAUGCGGUUUACAGCCCGGAGUCUUAUGAAGGCCACUGGAAACAGCUCACUGUACGCAGCAGCCGAAAGGGUCAUGUCAUGGCCAUUGUUUAUUUUCACCCACAGAAACUGAGCAAGGACUCCCUGGCAGAGUUGAAAUCUUCUAUUGCAACAUUUUUCACAAAUGGACCUGGAAAAGACAGUGGUGUCACAUCCCUUUAUUUUGUUGAGGAAGGUCAAAGAAAAUCUCCAAACCUGGAGGACUUAGUUGUGGAGCACGUGACCGGGGACCAUUACAUCUAUGAGGAGCUGCUGGGCCUCACCUUCCGUAUCUCACCUCAUGCUUUCUUUCAGGUUAACACACUUGCAGCAGAGGUUUUGUAUUCAACAAUUGCGGAUUGGGCACAGUUGGAUGAGAAAAGCACUGUACUGGAUGUUUGCUGUGGGACAGGAACCAUUGGCAUCUCCUUGGCCAAGAAAGUGAAGAAGGUUGUGGGGAUUGAGCUAUGCCAGGAAGCCAUUGCAGAUGCCAAGGCUAAUGCCCAAAUCAACAAUCUAAACAACAUUGAAUUUCGUUGUGGCAAAGCUGAAGACAUCUUCCCUACACUCAUAAACUCAUUCACAUCUCAGAACCCUGUUGCCAUAGUUGACCCACCUAGAGCCGGACUGCAUUCCAAAGUAAUUAUUGCAAUCAGAAGAGCUGAACAUCUUAAACGACUGAUCUAUGUUUCCUGCAAUCCAAAAGCUGCAUUGAACAACUUUGUAGAUCUGUGUCGAGCUCCUUCAAACCGUGUGAAAGGACGCCCUUUUCGGCCCGUCAGAGCUGUUACUGUGGACCUCUUUCCUCAGACACCACAUUGUGAACUUCUCAUUUUGUUUGAAAGAGUGGAGUAUACAGAGAGUACUAAUAUUACCGCCCCCAAACCCUCACCUGAGCAUACAGAGUCUCAGCCAGACAGCAAUUCUGUCCCAGAGCAUUCAACUACCUAGAUAAGGACAGUCUGUCAAUAAACCACCAUUCUACAUAUGUGGAACAUGUUUUAGAAGGAAGGUUCUAUUUACUUUGUACCAUUAUGUAGAUAGCUAUUAAUUUAUGUUAAUUUCAGCCCCUAUGCACACGUUAAUUUGGAGGUUACAUGUAAACAAAAAGUGAACAUUUUGUGUUUGCAUAUCCAAGCUCCAAUAUAUAUACCUAAAAGCGUAUCCGCCAUUCCAACAGAAAAUCCUUUAGGGAUUUUCAUACUUAAUAUUGUGAAUUUUUUUUUUUUUUUUUUUUGUAAUGUUAAAACAUCUAUUGUAAAGAAAUUUUAAUACCAUAAGAACAUUUUCUUUCUAAACGUCUAGAAUGUCUAAUUUAACUGCCUGAAUAGAAUCUGAGGCAUUAUACAGAAACUGGCAAUAAAAAAUAUCAAGCUUUCUGUGCGUCUUUCCAAUAAUUUUUCUUCAAUAAAAAGUUUUGAUUAAAGAAAAAAAAUGGCAUGCAUUUACACGAAAUGGCUAGCUUAAAAUAAGAAUUUACUUACCGAUAAUUCUAUUUCUCGGA